AGAGGGAGGAGUGACUCUGCUUCGCCUAAACCUAGAGCGCCCCUCAAACUGACAGGCGAGCUUUAUUCAGGGACACCAUGUCUAUCCCCGAAACUGACAGCCAGAGUGGCCACUAGUGAACAGGAGACAAAGGCAUUCUGAGCCUCAGAGGCCGUUUGUCUACGUGUGCUCAGUUGGCGGCUCACGGCGUUUUGAGUGUCUUUUAUGAAACUCUGGAGGAUGCGCGUGGACAUGAUUGCUAUUCGAAUUUUGUCCGGGUUGAGCGUCCUUGUCCUACAUGCCCAUGGCGCGAGAGUUGUAAGCGGCCAGACCGUGUGCCAUGGGGGCCCAGAGCAGCCGUGCUACAAGAUCGCCUACUUCCGCGACAUGACGAGCCGCGUGGCCUUCUGGGAGGCGAGUCAGGCGUGCGAGCUGGACGGCGGCUCGCUGCUGAGCGUGGACAACGCCGCCGAGCAGCGCCACGUCGAGUGGCUCCUGCGGGAGAUCAGCAGCAUCGCCGACGGAGACUUCUGGAUCGGCCUGACCCGCUCGGACGGCGACAGCACCCAGGAGCACGCCGGGGUCACCUCCUGCCCAGACCUUUACCGCUGGACGGACGGGAGUGUGUCGGAGUUCAGGAACUGGUACUUUGACGAGCCGUCGUGUGGGGGCGAGGCCUGCGUGGUGAUGUAUCACCAGCCCACCGCGCAUCACGGCCUGGGCGGAGCCUACCUGUACCAGUGGAACGAUGACAGAUGCAACAUGAAGCACAACUUCAUCUGCAAAUAUGAGCCAGAGAGCCAUUUGGUGAAGGAACAAGGGGACAGGCCUGGAAUUCGUGAAACAGACGCUCACGCAUCAGAGGAGUCUGCGAACACGAAGCCAGCUGUGGAUGCGGAGGACGGGGAGAGUCCAGUGUUAGUGGCUGACCCCUCAGGUAUGUUCCUGGUGUACGUGAUCAUUCCAACCAUUCCGUUGCUGCUGCUCAUCUUGGUGGCGUCCGGGACCUGCUGCUUCCAGAUGCUCAGCAAAAGCAAGCCGAGGACCAAGACAAGUGUCAAUCAGUCAACACUUUGGAUCUCCAAGAGCCCCAAGUCUGGGAGUGCCAUGGAGGUGUGAGGAUGUGCGUGGAGACGUGGCGUAGGAAACCAGCACACCGCUCCUCCUGGGGGCGUGUGGACGAGACGCUGUCGUCCACUUUGUGCAACAUGCCGCUUGACCCCUCCGCUUGUCUGCAGACCAGUGUGUUGUCUCGAUGCGUAACUGACCCCUCCGCUUGUCUGCAGACCAGUGUGUUGUCUCGAUGCGUAACUGACCCCUCCGCUUGUCUGCAGACCAGUGUGUUGUCUCGAUGCGUAACUGACCCCUCCGCUUGUCUGCAGACCAGUGUGU